AUGAGAUGGUUAGGGCCGUUGGUGGAGAGUUUGAAGGGGCAGUUGAGUUCUGAUGCGCGGAUUUUGAUGAAGGGGGAUGAGGGGUAUGUGGAGGGAAUUAGUCGGUGGUCGAGGGCGGCGGAGAGGCAGGCGGCCCUAAUUGUCUAUCCUACCACCGCCGAGGACGUCUCCAAACUCGUUCUUUUUGUCAAAGAACAGAGACUCGAUUUCGCAGUCGCCGGCGGUGGACACGGCUCAUCAGGCGCCUCAUCGACCCAAAAUGGGCUUUCCAUUAACCUCUCCAAAAUGCGCAACGUAACCGUAGACCCCGUCAACAAAUCAGCCCGCUGUCAAGGCGGCGCUCUCUGGUCCGACGUCGAUACCGCUGCUUUUGCCCACGGCCUCGCUGCCGUCGGCGGUACCGUAAAUCAUACUGGAAUCGGCGGACUCACCCUUGGAGGUGGCUUUGGCCAUCUCACUCCCAAACACGGAUUAGUGAUUGAUAAUCUUCUCGAAGCAGAAGUCGUUCUCGCCGAUGGACGCAUUGUGACAUGUUCUGCAAAUCAGGAACCCGAUCUCUUCUGGGCAAUCCGCGGCGCGGGUAUUGGAUUUGGCGUCACGACGAGUUUUACCUAUCGAUUGCACCCGCAGCCCAACCGUGUCUGGGGCGGUAUGCUAGUGUUUCCCCGCGAGAAGUUAGAAGCAAUCAUUUCAUUCGCCAACACAAUCGUCACGCUCGACGAAGAAAAUGCUCUCCUGCUUCUCGCGUUUGCUUCUCCACCCCCAGCCUUCCAGCCCGCGGUCCUCGUCCCCGUCUUCUACAACGGCACCGAAGCCGAAGCUCAAGCCUACUUCAAACCGCUAUUGGAUCUCGAGCCACUCGCCAACACCACGAGAGAAAUGGAUUAUGUAGAAGUAAAUGGCAUGCUCAACGAACCCAUGGCUCACGGCCUCCGCCGCAACUUGAAAGGCGCCGCAGUCAUGUUCCCUCUGACCUAUUCCUUUGCCGCGGACGUCUACACCGAGACGGAGAAAUUCUUCCUCGAGACCCCAGAUGCGAAAUAUACCAUGGUGAUUUUCGAAUACAUACCUUUCGGCAAGAUAUUAAAGGUGGGACAGCAAGAGACCGCAUACGCGAAUAGAGGCGCGUAUGGAAACCUAGUAUUUGGAGCGAGUUGGGAAAGCCAAGAGACGGACACGAAGUGUAGAGAGUGGUGUAGGAUGAUGGCUCAAAAAACAAAGGCGGAGUUGGAGAGGAGGCUCAAGGACGGGACGGAUGAGAUUACCAAGGAUGGAGUGGGUGCGUAUGCGAAUUAUGAUGGUGCAAACCAUGAAGCAGGCAAUCUGGUGUAUGGCGUCAAUUAUCCACGUCUUGCUGAGCUGAAGAAAAAGUAUGACCCCGAGAAUGUGUUUUCCAAGGGUCCAAAUCUGGUUUCCUAA